CUUGUUUGUAACUCUUCUACGUAAGUGGUAGAGUUUCUACCGAGGGGGUAUCCGAUUACCCUUUUCCAGCUUCAGACUGGGAACCUCUCCCUGUACUACUUGGGCGCAUAUCGCUAUUGCCGUAUCGCCUUUUUCUUACAAAAAAAGCCAGCAUUUUCAAGUGGACAGAAAUGAGCAUCGAAACCCUUCUGGAAGCAGCCAAGUUUUUGGAAUUGCAAGCCCAGCAACAACAGAAAGCACGUGAGGAUGAACGAAAAGAGAAGCAGCGUCUGGAGCAGCUGGCAGAGCAGAGGCACUCUGACGUGAACUAUAACUCAACGGUCCACAUCAACCAUGUUUCUAAAGCAGAUGACCUGCGCACUGAGUGCAGCCCGCCACCCAUCCCACCCUCUCUGCCUCUCCCCUCCAUGCCCAUCACAGUCAUCCCCAUCCCUGUGGUCACUCCCAACCCCACAGGCUCACCCACCCUACCUGUCGCCACGCUCUCCCCUCCAGCCGCUCCACCACCUGCACCCACUCUGCCACGCUCUCCACAGCCCAAACCUGACCACCCGACCUCAGUGCUGACCACCAACCACAAGCAGCUGAUACAGAACCACCAUCAUCACCCGCAGCUCGUCGCCCAAACUAACACUAAACUACAGCAGCAGACACAGCAGCCGCUGGUUCAUCGCUACCCUGGUUCCAUUGUCUCGCCGCCUCAGCAACAUGCCUUACUCCCCCAGUCGGGCCCUGCGCUGCAGCCGGCUCCUCUACAGAACGGCCCCGUCAGCCGCGGGAGUCCUCCUGAGGACAGUCGCCAGCUUGACAAGAAGAGGCCUGGAGGGGCAGGCACAAGAGAAGUGCAUAACAAGCUUGAGAAAAACAGACGAGCACACUUGAAAGAGUGCUUUGAGACGCUGAAAAAGAACAUCCCCAACAUCGACGAGAAGAAGACCUCCAAUCUGAGUGUGCUGAGAAGUGCGCUGAGAUACAUUCAGACGCUGAAGCGGAAAGAGAAGGACUACGAGCACGACAUGGAGCGACUGGCCAGAGAGAAGAUUGCCACGCAGCAGCGAUUAGCAGAGCUGAAGAACGAUCUGAGCCAGUGGAUGGAUGUGAUGGAGAUCGACCGCGUCCUCCGACAGACGGUUCAGCCAGAGGAGGACCAGGCCUCAACCUCGACCGCCUCAGAAGGUGAAGAGAUUAUGGAUGACGACCUGGAAGACGAGACUGCACCAAGAGCACAGCCUGCCUUACCCACAGUGCCUCAAACCAUGAAACCUGACCUGCACAAGAUUGCAGCACCCACUCAGACCCCGACCCCGAUCCAGACCCCGACACCCACCACACCCACCACUACCUCCUUCAUCAGCCAGCAAAUCUCCAUCCAGCACAAAGUCCCUCUGCACCAGUCGAAGCUCCAGCCGCUGGCAGUGACUCCUCCACAGCCAGCGUCCAAGCCUGCACCCACUCUCACAACCUGCAGCACUCCCACCACCCCCAGUCAGCCCUUGAUCCCCACCCAGACACAGAUGGUGACUGCAUCCAGCCUACACCCCACAGUCAUCGCUCACGCUUCAGUGUCCCAUCCAUCAGUCAUCCAAGCAGUCAGCCACGUCAUCCAGGGCGGGGGUCCCAAACACAUUGCCCACCUGGCUCCAUCCACCACCACCAGCACUGUCCAGUUAGCCCCCGGCCACCAACCCAUCGGCCACAUCACCGUGCACCCGGUGGCUCACCUGAGCCAGCACCUACCUGCCCUCUAUCCCCAACCGGUGGCUGUCACACAAUCCGCUGUGGUCGGCCACAUCACACACACCCUGAACCAUGCCCACCCUCACAUGAACGGCACUGCGACGAGCCAAGCAGCUGCCACCAUCGUUGGCAAGCAGACAGCAGUGAGCACUCAAAUGGUGACCCACCACCCGCAACUGGUGGGUCAGACGGUGCUCAACCCUGUGGCAAUGGUGACCAUGCCCUCAUUCCCCAUCAGCAGUUUGAAGCUGGUCUGAACACUGCCGACACGACCACCGGGAGAUGGAGACGCCCCGCGUUAGGGGAGAAUCACGGGCCUCUGGGCAGGCCUCAGCGAGGGCAGGAGAGCAGGUGGACACCUCGCUGAUCCACACUAUCAUUCAGAAGCAUUACAGCUUAUAUAAAGACGGGAACAUUCCUACAACAAAACCUCUUUCAGUACUAGUCCACCACAGUGUCCUGAAAUCUUCAUCCUGACUUUGGGAUAUGGCUGAUAGUCAUCAUGUUGUGUGUGUGUGUGUGUGUGUGUGUGUGUGUGUGGGGCAAUGUUUGGACCCCUUUUCACCCGUUGUUACAGAUAGUAGAGCAGUACUCAUUUUCACACAAGUUUUACAGAAACAGAAACAGCUUCAUAUAGAGAAAUGCUAGUACAGUGUCGUUGAUGUCCGCACCCUGUUACAGUGAUCAUGUCGGUCCUGGCUGGUGGUUAGACUCCCCACUAUCACUGUGACUGCUGUGGAUUAACCAGUAGUAGAUCAUAUACUUGAGAGGUUACGCUGGCUUUUGAAUGUGGUGACAGUGUAGGAUCAGAGUGCUCAACCCGCCAUAACCAGCACAUUGGGAAUGUGAUUUAGAGGAGCUCCUCCUCUCCAGCAGAGACACAUGCUGCAGGGCCGGUGCAAAAUCACGGACUGAACUAAACCUCCCGAUCAGGAGCUGCAGUCCUCAGUGAUGGUUCAUACAGCAAUAGCUCCUCCUGCUGGCUGAUUGUGUUCAGUGUAACACUGCAUCCCCAGGGACAAUGAAAAAAUCUGCCAGUGACGUGUAACACUGAUGGAUAUUAUUCAAACAACGGCCACCUAAAUAAAAGAAUAUGCAGUUUUGUUUGAUUUUUGGUGUUGGACACAAAUUGUUACUUAUCCCUAGUGUUUGUCCUCCAAACAUACUAGCAACUUUUCACUGAGCACAAGUCUUACAUUAGGAUUAUGAUUUUGUCUAAUUUAUUUUAAAGCAUCCGCGCCAAUUACAAUCAAUUCUACAUGACCCCAAAACGUAAAUGUCACAACAGAUAGUGGUGUGUUUGUAUACUAUGAAACAAACUCAGAUGCUACCAGGUGAGGGAGUUGAGUGUUUCGAGGUUUUGAAUGUGAAUACAUAGGUCCAUCAAAUGUAGUAAAGUGCGUUUCUAUGCUUUCUUGCAGGGCAAAUGGUAGUGGGUUGUGUGCUUGCAUGCUGUGAAUGCAUGUCAUGACUGUGUUAAAUUGUGAUCAUUGUGAAAGCGAAGAGUUUUGUCUGUUGUGCUUUGCAGACCUCAACAACUUGCGGGAGGAAUGUAACAUUUUUCGUCUCAGAGUUGAAGCUCUAUCAUCCGUAACUUUGGGUUGGAAUCAGUUAAGUGUGAUUUCAAAAAUCAAGUUUUUUUUUCUUCUGAUCAUUUUCCAAAGCUAGCACUGUGAAAAUUUCUAUAAGUCUCAAUGAGAAGCAGUUUAGAGUAGCACUUGCUAGAACAGCAACCUGCUGUGCUUUCCUUAUUUAAUCUGAAUGUAUUGAUCUGUGAAAGGAUAUGGAGUAGUGCACUCAUCAGAAUUUAAGCCCUUUUUCUUUUAAACAAAAAUGCGAUUACUUUAUUAAAGUAUCACGUGUAUGUGAAGUGUAAUUUUCAAAACUGAUUUUGUAUUUUGAAAUUUACCGUUGCUUGUUUCAUCUGCAGAAUAACUUCUGUUCAGUGUAAAUUUGGUAAUAUAGUUGUUUCUUUUUGGGGGGAGGGGUGGGUGGGGGGUGUACAGUUCUGUAAAUCAGGGCGUGAAGACGACAAAGACCUCUUCCCACAUUAAUAACACAUUUGGCCACUUUGUAAAGUUUUCACCCAGUAAUUGUUUUCAAUUUUGUUCUGAUGCAAUAUGAUUAAAGCAGGGACUCUUAGUUUUGUUUUUAACUCAUUAAUUGAAAUGAUAAAUUAAUGCUUUUUCAACCCUCAUUUUAUGCAAAUGAUCCUGAACAAAUGCAUUUUGAGAUCAUAUUGUAGCAAAACAAAAUGUGUAAAAAUGAACAGGGAUUGAGUUACUUGAAGAAGCAACACUUAACUUGUGUGUUUUCCCUAUGGAGAAAGUAUAAGUUGUAUAUAGCCUGUAAAUGUUGGGCUGCAUUUAGAUCUAACUGUAUUAUGUAAAAAGCUGGGGAAAAUAUGUAAAAUGAAAAAUU